GCCCCUCCCAUCACACGGACAGCGCGCGGCCGUCAAUGGCACGUCACCUGUCUCUAACAUGUAGCUAGAAACGCUAACUCGGCUCGAAAUUCAACUCAGAUGACCACCAGUCAGGGCGCACUUAUUUUUUCGUCCAGCCGAAGUGAAACAGCAUGUCAAAAAUGUUAAUUACAGCUCGUAAUCCCAGAUGAGAGCCGUUGAGGGCAGACCUGACCGUGUGAAAUUAACCGCAUUUGCUAGCCAGCUAGCUGGGUUUACCUUUAGCUGCGCUAGUCGAAACGCGCUAAUAUCAAUAACGGCCCGAAUAUUUAGAUGUUUAGCGAGUGGCUUCUCGUCAGAAAGGCACAUUUGACGGCCGCCUGGAACGUGGCGUCUACUGGAAGGGUGAUUUGGACAUAAAAAGCGUGGCCUGAGGCAUGGGGGCGUUUUUAGAUAAGCCCAAAACAGAGAAAUACAAUGCGCACGGGGAAGGAAACAGCCUGCGCUUUGGCCUCAGCAGCAUGCAGGGAUGGAGGGUGGAGAUGGAGGAUGCCCACACAGCAGCCGUAGGCCUGCCACACGGCUUGGAUGACUGGUCCUUCUUCGCCGUCUACGACGGGCAUGCCGGCUCGCGUGUUGCAAACUACUGCUCCAAACACCUGUUGGAACAUAUUGUCGCCGCGGGGUCAGCAGAUGAACUGAGAAAGGCUGGAGCUCCGGCACCUGAGACGUCAGCCAUAGAAGCGGUGAAGAGGGGUAUUCGCACCGGCUUCCUCAGGAUCGACGAACACAUGCGCAGCUUCACAGACCUGCGAAACGGCAUGGACCGCAGCGGCUCCACCGCGGUGGCUGUGCUGCUCUCUCCAGAACACCUGUACUUCAUUAACUGUGGGGACUCACGGGCCCUUCUCUGUCGUAAUGCUCAUGUAUGCUUCUCCACGCUGGACCAUAAGCCCUGCAACCCACGGGAGAAGGAGCGUAUACAGAACGCAGGUGGCUCUGUGAUGAUCCAGAGGGUUAAUGGAUCGCUGGCUGUAUCCCGAGCACUGGGUGACUAUGACUACAAGUGUGUAGAGGGCAAGGGCCCCACAGAGCAGCUCGUUUCACCGGAGCCUGAAGUAUUCGAAAUCGCUCGGUCAGAUGCGGAAGAUGAAUUUGUGGUGCUGGCGUGUGACGGUAUUUGGGAUGUGAUGAGCAAUGAGGAGCUAUGUGCCUUUGUGCGAUCGAGGCUGGAAGUGACAGAUGACCUGGAGAGAGUGUGCAAUGAGGUUGUGAAUACAUGUCUACAUAAGGGUAGUCGAGAUAACAUGAGUAUUGUAUUAGUCUGUUUGCCAAAUGCACCCCAGGUGUCAGAAGAAGCUAUAAAGAGAGAUGCUGAGUUGGACAAGUACCUUGAGUCUCGUGUGGAAGAGCUCAUUGAGAAAGCAGGGGAAGAAGGUGUGCCUGAGCUGGUGCAUGUCAUGAGCAGCCUGUCCCAAGAAAGCAUCCCUAAUCUCCCACCAGGGGGCGGCCUUGCUAGCAAGCACAGUGUUAUUGAAGCAGUGUACAAACGGUUGAACCCCGAAAGAGAAGAGGAUGGUAGUGGUGCUGACCUUGAGGAUCCGUGGUAGUCAUCCCACCGGAGGAAAGAGCACCUUUUCUACACAAGACAUCAGUCAUUUUUUUAUUUUCCAGUAAAACCAAGAGAUUCAAUGGACAGUCUUUCAAGAGUCCCAACACAAUGGAAACACAGUACAACCAAAAGCAUUACAAACACUUUUUUUUUUCAUAUAUACGAGGAAAAAAUGGAGUUCCAGUUUUAAAAACAAACACGAAAAUAACAAAAUGCACAUCAUACAAUAAAAAACUGUUUUUCCUCACUUUUUUGUGGUGGCUGUGGGUGUUCAUAUUGAAACUGAGGAUGUUUUGCGGGAUGGACCCGUGUGUGCUGUGGUGCCUUUUCAAGUCGGAAAAGAGGUUUGCCAAUGUCAGAUGCCCUGAACCCAUACAGUUAAUAAACUUGGCUAUGUGAGACCGCUGCAGCCCCUGGUGUGGGGUUCUAGAUCAUCACUGGGUUUAAUUGAGGUAAUAUUUGACUGAUAAAUGCCUGUGGAUCAUGUUUUAAAGAACUGCUUCAUUACUACAUAACCUGCGUGGAAAGGAUUGAAGCUUGUUGGCUUUUUGCACCUUCCCUCCUUCCUCAUGUGUGCUGACAGAUCUUUAGGAAGAACCUCGGACUCUGCUUUGUUUUGCAGGUUAUCACUUGAUUGGUUGUCAAAAGCUUUUUAAUCCUGCUGUUUCAGAGUAUAUAGAAUAUAUAGAGAUAAAUAUAUAUAAAUUCAUAUAUAUUUUUUAUUUUCCUCAAGUUUGACGUUCUAUGUGGCUUAACGUGUGAAGCAAUAGAGUUGUGUUGGUGGCACUUGAUGAGCUUGCCAUGUUGUGUCAAUACUUUAGACACACUGAGAUUGUUGAUGUACUUGUGUAACCCAGCCACCAAAGGACUGUGGGUGAUGUUGGCUAAAAGGGAUUGUAAGUAACCACCAAAGCCACGCAGCUUUUCUCAGCUCCCCCUUUGUAUUAUAUCUGUGUCUUCUCUCCUCAUCAGCCCUCUUUCACAAUGCAGAUGUAAACUUGCAGAAACCUACCUUUCUUCUUUUUUCUUUUUCCCUUCAGAUUAUGUUGUAAAGUGGUGUUUUUUUUUUUUUUUUUUUUGGUUAGCUGAUCACAAAAAUACUAGCUUUGUGAUGAAUUCACAAGUUAUUUUACGAUUCAUCAUUCAAGUGUAAUGUUGGUUUUACUCCGAUAUAUUUUCAGCAGUCCAUGAACUUGAGUACUCGGAACCUGAAAGGUGAUAUUGAGCAGAACAAUAAAGAUAAAGGAAAAAGCAGUCUUGCUCUGUUUAAUCACAUUGGAGAAAACCCCAUUUUGAAUAAGCUGUAGUUUAAUGUAUUGCAUGCACAUUAUAGCUUGUUCUGGCCAAGAGCCGCCCAUUUGGACAGGAAGAGACCGUCUGGCCCAAAUGUAAAGCAACCAGAUGCAGGUUGAUUUGUUUUUGCGUGCAUUUUAAGGGAUGAUAGUGCAAUAACUAAAGUUAUUUCAAAUGAUGGUAUUCUCAGUGAAAAUGUACCCAUGAAACACAAAAAUAUGUAUGGAUGUUGUGAUCUAUGUUUCUGAGUAAACAAAACUGAAUAUACAGCGCUGAUCAACUUAAUGUACUAUAAAGUGCUACAAACCUGAGCAUAUUUCAAAGAUUUGAGGCCUCUACACCAGCAGAAGUUGGCAAAUGUAGUGAUUUUUUUUGUUUUGUUCAAAGCACUCAUUGUAUCAACCUCACCCUUAUAAACAUGACUGUUGUCAAGUGAUUAAAAAAGUGUUGGGAGGUUAGAUUAGUGCUUAUCAGACUGAGAAUGUGCUUUCAGGUUUGCUAUGGUCCGUAAGCAGACUGGGUGCGGAAUGUGACCUUGCUACCUCAGGCCAGGAAAAAAAUUUAGUAUUAUGGCUAAUAAUGAGUGCUAUGGUAUGCUAUAGUAUAUGUGGUUGGGUAUCAUGAAACCCCGUUUUAAAUUUCGUAGAGAAAGGUUUUUUUU